UUUGAUACACAAAUUGGAUUUGUAUUGCAUUGAUUGGUUAUAAUAUAAAGAAAAAGUGGAAAAGUAAGAUUCUAUUAUCUAUUAUUCAAUAUUGGUGAAUUGGAUGAUUUUUUAUUUUUUGUUUUCUAUAUUUCUCCAAAUAUAUAUGAUAGUUUUGAAUUUGGCCAACGAGGGACCCUUGUUACUAAUAAAAAAAAAAAAAAAAGCUCUCUUAAUGGCAUUCACAUCCUGUCAGCCUGUUUUAAAUCUUCCUCAGCCAGUCCUUAAACCCUACUCUGAGCGAAGCCCCCAUUCCGGUGUGUUCAUACCACCCAGAAAAUGGCGUCAAGACUAUCAGAAACAGUUCCUAAGUUCACUGCCGAAGCUCUCCGUGCGGCCGCAAAGCAAUCUGACGCUUGCCGUGUAGUUCCUCUCAGGCUUCGUCAAGCUAUCAAAAAAUACAUCCAAGAACAAGAGGACCCACAUAUGAAGAGAAAGGUGUUGAGGUUAUCCGAGUCAUUCAGGCACAUAAAGGAGGCAAAUCUGCUGCUCCCAAUUACUACGUCGAAAGAGAUUGUGGAAGAUCCUCUAAAGUCCGUGGAAUGCUCCAAGCGAUGGAAGAUCCAGAGUGCAUAUGGUGAUAUUGGUAUCAGGUAUCAAGAGGAUGAGGCUAUAGCUUACGUGGCUUCUCGUAUGCCUGCUGUUUACUCUGCUUUAUAUAGAGUCCUCAGUGAGGUUAGGAGAAGAGUACCUGAUUUUUCUCCGGCUAAGGUUUUGGAUUUUGGUGCAGGGACUGGUUCUGCAUUCUGGGCAAUGAGAGAAGUGUGGCCAAGGUCCUUGCAGAAGGUUAAUUUGGUAGAGCCAUCACAAUCUAUGCAACGUGCAGGGCAGGGUCUUACAAGAGGUCUAAAAAAUUUGCCACUUAUUCAUAGCUACAGCAGUCUCCAGGCAUUAAGUCAGAAUAUUAAGAAGUCUAAUAGACAACAUGAUCUUGUAAUUGCUUCAUAUGUGCUAGGUGAAAUACCAUCCUUGAAAGACAGAAUCACUGUUGUCCGCCAACUUUGGGAUCUUACAGGAGAUAUUCUGGUCUUAGUUGAACCAGGAACACCACAAGGAUCUAAUAUCAUAUCUCAAGUUCGAUCUCAUAUUUUAUGGAUGGAAAGAAGGAGAUGCCGCAAACUAAAAGAGGCAUCUGACAAAUCUUGCAAGGCUUUGACAACACGCAAAGGUGGUGCAUUUAUUGUAGCUCCUUGUCCACAUGAUGGACCUUGUCCAUUGGAAAAAUCAGGAAAAUAUUGUCAUUUUGUUCAACGGUUGGAGAGGACUACAUCACAGCGUGCCUAUAAGCGGUCCAAUGGUGGGUCUCUGCGUGGAUUUGAAGAUGAGAAAUUUUCUUAUGUUGUUUUUAGACGAGGACAACGACCGAGAGAAACUUGGCCGCUUGAUGGUAUGAAGUUUGAAACGUUGAAGGAACAACAUGCAAGAAGAAAUCCAGAGGAUCUUGAGAUUGACUAUGAGGACCAAUUCCCUUCAGAAAAUGAAGAUGUCCUAAAUGAAGAGGAAAUCAUUUCCUAUAAUUCUGACGAUACAGAGGCAGAUACUGUCACAGAUAAUGAGGAAUUGGAGGAUGAACAGGAAGAAACAGGCGCCACCGCUGCAGAUCUUGGUACUGGCUGGGGAAGAAUCGUUUAUUCUCCUAUCCGCAGGGGCAAACGUAUUGAAAUGGACGUGUGUCGAGCAAGCGAUCAUGAAGGCACAAAAGGUUCUUUUGAUCGGAUUAUUAUUACAAAGAGCAAGAACCCGACAUUGCAUCAUCAUGCUCGAAGAUCCCUUUGGGGAGACCUGUGGCCAUUUUGAACUACAAUGACAACUUCAAAAUUUUGUUAUUCUUUAAAAAUUUUUUACAUAAAAUUUUCUAUAAGUUAUGUGUGGAUGUGACAUAUCAGUUGAAUGUAAUAUUAUAUUGGUCAUGAACAGAAAUGAAGAAAUUUUGUACAUAAA